AUGAAGGUAGCCUGGUUGGCCAUAGUAGCGGUUGCUGUCGCGCAACAGGCUCACGUCGGAUCGGGUAGAGUCAUUCAGGGCCACAAGGCUUCACAGAACCCCAGAGUUACAGAAUGGCUGGGGGUCCCUUAUGCGCAGCCACCGGUCGGCAAAUUGCGAUUCACAUCGCCCCAAGAAUACACGCCCAGGGGUUUGCACGUUGCCUCGGAAUAUGGAAACCAAUGCAUGUAUUCGGUGUCCAAGCUGGUCGACUAUCCCGAUAAAACCCCGCAAUUUGACAGUAUAUUUGAAGCCUUCGCAGCCAUCAACAACAAAACCCAGAGUGAAGAUUGUUUGACCUUGAACAUUUGGUCCAAGCCAGACUCAAGUCAACUCAAGCCAGUCUAUGUUCAUUUCUACGGUGGCCGAUGGACGAGUGGCACAACCGAUACUCUUUUCUAUUAUGGAGGCGGAUUUGCCGAUGCCGAGGAUGUAAUCGUCGUGACGGUCAACUACCGCAUGAACAUCUUCGGAUUCCCCGGUCUACCUGGACACACGCCGAAUCUGGGCCUACUGGACCAACGCUUGGCGGUUGAAUGGGUGAAGCAAAAUAUUCGUGCAUUCGGGGGAGAUCCGGACCGCAUCAUCAUAUCUGGCCAGUCCUGCGGAGGUGCCUCUGUUGACUACUGGGCAUAUGCCUACCAGUCCGAUCCGCUGGUUGCCGGUCUCAUCUCGCAUUCCGGCACAGCUCUCAGCUUCCCGACCAACAACAAAACAACUGCCGCACAACAUUGGUACACAGUUGCUGCCCAGCUCGGCUGUGGAUCUUCAGGGGAUGUCUUACCGUGCAUGAGAAAGCAGAAUGCUAUUGCCAUGCUCGCUGCUGCUAGUGCAGUCAAAGUUCCGACCACAAACCCUGCGAGGAAAACUCCAGCAUUCCAGCCUACUGUAGAUGGUGUGACUGUUUUUGAGAACUACACUCUUCUUUCACAGCAAGGAAAAUUUGCCCGUGUACCUUACUUGGUCGGACACAACGCAAACGAGGCGGGAUUCUACAAGAUUGCGGCCUAUGCACAGGGAUCUAUAUUGGCGGAUCAGCAAUGGGAUGACUUCAAUAUGCAGACUUUCUUCUGUCCAUCUAAUCUCGAAGCCGCAGACCGAAGUCGCAGACACACACCCACUUGGCGGUUUCAAUAUAACGCAGACUGGGAUAAUACUCGUCUUUACCCCACUAGUGGAGCGUAUCACGGUGUUGAAUUUAACAUGAUCUUUGGAGAAUCUGCUGAAAUCACUGGCAUUGACGAGUCCGAUGCACAGUCCCAGCUGCAGGAAAAGAUGCGGUCGACUUGGGGCGCAUUCAUUGCCGAUCCUCAAAACGGAUUGAAGGCAUUGGGAUGGCCAGCUUACAACCCAGAAGCCCCGACUCUUGCCGAAAUAGGUCUCAAUAACGAUCCUGGGAUGUCUUUCGCAGGCACCAAGGACUCGGCGCAGCGAUGUGCAAUUCUACUAGCGCAGAUAUAA